AUGCUGGCACCCACCAGAAGGGUGGUUGCUGCCCCUGUCAAAGAGAUAGAACGAAAACUGAAGCAGUGGAGUCGCGUUGCAAAUAGUGAAAUGCACAAGUACCUGAUUGGAUAUACGCCCCAUGGGGAGCCUAUAUACUCUACUGAUCCUCCACAUUCUUAUUCGCACAUGCUUCCGCAGCAGUAUUUACAGCUGAAAGGACGUAUGGUGGAUGGGACGCCUAAAUUUUCUAACACUGUUCCGGAGCAUGCACCAGUGUAUAAUUCGCCUAAUCCCAGUUCUGCCGUUUUACGUCGUACCCAGAGCGCAAGUUCUCAGCCAGUGGAGAAACCUUCACUACUUGGGCCACAUGCCAGUGAACGUCGUGCCCAUAGCGCAGACAGGCUUCAGCAACACUACCAGCUGGCUCCAAAUUAUCAAGAGGCACAUGGAGUUUCUGCAAGGCAGCCUUCUGGAGGGAGCGGUGGCAGUCGUGGGCAAAGGAUGAGCUCCGACCAAAGUCAAUCGUCGCAAAGUGGCUUAGGCGGGGCUCCCAACGACAACAACAACAACGACCCCGGCAAUUAUCGAUCUCACGACCCUGAACAACCAUUUGACGUCAAACUGAGAAACCCAAGGGAAAAAGACUUGAUUUCUACCAAUGUCUGUAAUUUGUCACUAAUGGCCCUCAUCCACACUUUCAAAAUGGAAGGAACUGACGACUGGGGUGUUCCCGAAUGGGAAAGGCGACGCAGGCGUCAAUGGGCUGAGGUUUUGCGGGGGGAUAUAUGUAGGGUGGAGUACACCGACAAUGACCAGUGGACGGAUGCAACUAGUAAAUUCUACACUGAAAGGAGACCAAAAUUUCUAAUCCAUAACGACCCGUCAGUAGGAAACAGAUCAUUUAAGCAUGUCUUCUCACUCUUCUCCACAAUGAAUUCUGAAAUCGUUACAUUACUGGAGAAAAAUGACCAACGCAAAUUCAAAUUCCACAUAGUUCAGGAUUAUAUUGAGGGAGUUGAUGGACGGAUGGAUUUUAUCGUAAAAUUUACUCGCCGACCUCCAAUCAAUCCAGCCGAUCCUGCUAUUGAACUCAGUUUUAUGAAGCGAGCACUUGAAAUGUGA